UUUCUCUAAACACUACUUCUUGUUGAGAAAAUAACACAAACACAAAAAGCUAUUUUUGCAUUUGGGCGCAAAUUCACCUCAUUCAUCUUCACUCUCAAAACUAAAGUAGCUGAAUCCAGUAGCAGAAAGUUGCAUUAAUGGCAUCCAACGUCAAUACGUCCGACAGCGAUACAGUAAUUCUCAACUGUAUCGACUCCGACGUGUCCACACUUGACGGAGAUUACGAACAAAUCACUGUCAUUUCAACAACUCAAGUCACUCAAUGGGACUUAACAUCACUUGUCCAUCGCCCAAUUGUUAAAAUCAAAGCUAAUCGACAAAGGCUCAUUCAGCAAUCUUCCUAUUUUCACGGAUUAUUGAGUGGAAGCUUCAGUGAAUCUUGCUUUGACUCUAUAUCUGUUCAUUGGGACAUGGAAUCACUUUUGAGUCUGUUGAGAUUUACCUUUGGAUGUUCAUUGGACCUUACUUCAGAAAACUUCCUUCCUUUGUAUGAGGCUGCAUUAUUUUUUGGAGUGGACAAGCUUCUUUUGGUAUGUCGAAGUUGGCUGGACUAUGUAACAUCUGAAGUCAGGAUUAGGCCUCCUCAAUUACGUUUAGAAGAUUUGGUCCUUAUCUGGGAUUAUGGUAGAGAGAAUGCAAUUGAUUUUAUUCCACAACUGACUGGUUAUCUGGCGAGGAACUUUAUAUGGAUGGCAUCCUGUGACUCAUUUCACAAUAUCCCUUUUGAAUUGUUGCUUUCCUGUGUAAAGCAUCCUUGUUUGACAGUAGAUAGCGAGAUGCAUCUCUGUGAUGCUAUUCUACUAUGGCUUGCCGCUAACACCAAACCAUCUGAUCUUUUGAGCUCAACUGGUGAUUCUCGCCUUGAAAUUUUAAGAGAGAUCCGCACUGGCCUUUUGUCAUUGCCAUUUGCUGCUGGGAAACGGAGAUGCCCCUUCUUCUCGAAGUUCGCUGAAAGAAGUGUGGUUGCUAUCUGUAGUUUAGCUACCUCCCGUUCCUUUAGCUUAGCUGACAUUCUUGGAGGUGGCGACUGUAAGCUCAGGAUCCGGUUGACUGAAUACACUAAGGUAUUGGACCUUUCCGGCUGCCCACAAAUUAGUCUGCCUCUUCUUCUCCUGGACAUGCUUCCUUCUUCCAAUAAUUUGGACAAAAUGCUGAUGAAGAAGCUUAAUCAGCUUUCACUCAAACUUGAGCGCCAUAUGGAUAUAUCUCGGAUUCAGUGGGAUAUUUUCCCUGUUUUGACUUUUGAAGCUGUGCAAGUGGUGGAUGUUUCAAAUUGUUCUGUACUACAUCUUGAAGCUGCCAUUGAGUGCUUUUCCAAGUCAUUUCCCUCCCUAACAACAUUAAAAGCUGCUUAUAUUUUGAACUUCAGAACAAUGAUGUUGUACCAAUUGUUACAGAGAUGCCCACUACUCUCAGACAUUGAUCUAAUAGUGGACAGUACUCCUGUAAUACCAGCAAAGGUCUCAGUUAUAGCUUCAUUCCCUGAUGUGACGCUGCAGAUAUCAACAUCUUCCAGUGAUGAGACAUAUCCUAGUGUACCUGUGUUUCAUUUUUCUGGGCAGCUCUCAAAUAUUACAAAACUCAUAUUGGAGGGUCGAACAGAUAUCUAUGAUUCUGAUCUCCACAAUAUUGCAGAGUGCUGCCCUUUCUUGUGUUGUAUUAACCUCAAUGCAUGUACUUCCAUAACUGAUUCUGGCAUAUCCAUUUUAGUAUUGAAAUGUAUUGAGCUACAUUCGAUCUAUGCGUGUGAUACUUCAUUUGGGCACAACUGUGUCCUGUCACUUUGCUGCAGUAUCUCCAGAUUUGACGCUGUGGAAAUGAAAAUGGCAGACCGCACCAAUUCUUUAGCUUACAAACUUCAAAUUCUGCAUAUAGGAGGCUGCAAAGGUAUCAAUGAGAUUUCUCUUUUGGAGCUGAUCUCUCAAACACAUAGAAUAAGAAGUCUUUGUUUGAGGGAAACACAGCUUGUCGACAAUUCUCUGUAUAAAUUUUCAGGAUCAUCACUGGAAAUGCUUGACGUAUCUGAUACUAAGGUUUCUUUCCAUGCUGUGGGUCAUGUUGUCCGCGGAAAUCCUUAUUUAAAAUGUCUGAUUGCCAGAGGCUGCAGGCAUCUAUUACAAGAGGAAAAUGAUACUCUAGAGAACUCUCCUGUUUUGUCAUAUAACUGUCCUGUAUUUUAUUAUGAGCUGGGGAAGUCCUGCAAUUUGGAGGAAAUUUCUCUUGGUUGGGGAUUCUCGUUCUUUUCAUUGGAGGCCCUGCGGCCAGCAAUUAAAAUGUUGAAGACAUUUAUUGUUGGUUUAGGUGGAUCUUUAGGUGAAGACGGACUCAAGCUGGUACCCACUUUUUGUCCUUGGCUAGAGACCUUGAUUCUUUAUUUCCAGGUAAUAUCUGAUUCUGUUGUAAGAAAUAUCUUGGGGACCUUGAAAAACUUGCAAGUCUUAGCUCUUUGCUAUUGCUUUGGUGAGAUUUCCUCAUUAAGCUUCCAGUCCAGUGCACCCCGUUUGAGGAAAUUGAAACUUGAAAGAGUAUCAGCACACAUGACCAACGAUGAUUUGCUUAUCCUUACUCAGAAUUGCAUGAACUUAACUGAACUUUCGCUGGUGGGAUGCAGACGUCUUAAUUCAGAGUCGCAAGAUACUAUUUCAAAUGGUUGGCCAGGGAUGAUCUCUCUUCAUUUAGAGGACUGUGGUGAAGUAACUGCUAAGGGUGUCACUUCGCUUAUGAAUUGUCUAGCACUUGAAGAUCUUUUACUACGUCAUAAUGGCCUUGGAAUUGACAGAAAUUUUAUCAUCCGUGCUGCUUCAGGGAUGCCACUGCUCCGGAAGGUAGCAGUUGAUGUUUGCGAUGCAAAGGAUGGUGACUUUGAUCUUCCAGAUUUUCCUGACAGGAACUUCUUACGCAUAGUGAAGAUAGCUAGAUGCAACUUAAAAAGGCGCACAUUAGGUUCAACAAAAUCUGGAACUUGUACAACUCCGGUGCACGCAGAGACUCUGAUACUGACAUGGGACAGUAGGAAACUCUCGAGAACUGUCAUCAAGGAAAGAUUAUAGCAUUUGAUAGCCAAAAAUGAUGAUGGUGAUUCCAAAUGUAUGCACAUUACUGGCACAAUGAUGCAACGUUUUCCAAAGUCAUCAAGUCGUAUUGCUGGGCUUUGGGCAGAUCAGUGCAUAGCUGAUGGCAGAGAAAUAAGUCUCUAAUACAAUACUUGGCAUUCUCCGUCUGUUGUAACCUUUUUUUUUUAUAUUUAACUCUCCCUUGGUUGAACACCGCAAGGGGUAGGAAUAGUUAGCCCCGUUUGUUGCAAAAUUAUAUUGUGGAGAUAGAACAAACACGAAUUUUUAUUAUUAUCUAUAAACUAUUUAUUCCCCUUGAAAGCGGAUGAAUAAUUAAGUUACAGUUCGGACGAA